AUGAAAGUUAAUCCUGAAUAUAAAACGAACCGACCAAAACUUCUUCGUGAUAUUAGAAUAUUGCGUAAGUUUUUUGGUGGUAAAAUUUCCGAAGAAACUACAAAUGAUCCCGAACAGCUUAGAAUUACAAUUGCCAAGUGUAAACGUAUGUUACAAGAUGAAGUUGGCGAUGUAGGAGUACUCGGCAUCGUAGCACACGAACGAAGAUUAUGUGAAAUUCUGGAAAGAUUAAAGUCAAUCAAGCGGACACGCAGCGAAAUUCAAUGUGAACAUGAACUUGUCGCCUGUCAAAAACAACGGUAA